UAUAAAUACCCUUUUGAGUUGGACGAGAAAUGUAACUUUGAUUGUUGUGUGAAGUCUUAUAUUAAGCUGAAGUUUAUAAAUUUGCUCGAAAGUAAGUAGGAGUUCAAACGAGUUUGUUUCUCUCAUAUUAAAAAGUUCUUCUUUCUUGCUAUUCGAUUUGAUCGUACCUUUUUUUUCUCGAUCUGAUAGUUUGACUUAAUUGAUUUUCCAUUUAUUACCCAAAAUGGUUUUUUCGUUCACUGCGUCACUUUUGGCUGGUGCUGCUUUGGCCAAGGGCGUGCUUUCUGCUCAAGCCGUUCCUACCAACUUCACCGGUGUCGGAGGAGUUCCUGCUAACUUCGCUUACAAUGCUACGGGCGACUUUAAUUCAAGUUUGAUGCCCGCAAACUUUACUCCUGCCGGUGGUAUCGUCCCUAUGGAUCCUGACCCAACCUACCAUCCUUUGAGUGAUUUUGACUAUCAAUCUCUCUCAUUAGCCUUGUACCACGAGUACAUUGAAUAUGAUCUUUUCAACUAUGCCCUUACCAGAUUCUCUGACGAGGAAUUCGAUGCCGCUGGUAUUAACGCCGAAUACCGUCACUUGAUUCGCUUUAUGGCCCAACAAGAAAUUGGUCACAUCGAUCUCAUUACUAACAUGCUUGGCCCUGAUGCUCCCAAGGCUUGCCAAUACAAGUAUGACUUCGAUAGCGUGGGUGGUUUCUUGGACUUUGCUCAAAAGCAAACUCAAUGGACUGAAUCCAGUACCUAUGGUUUCCUUCCUCACCUUAACUCUCGUGCUGCUGAACAACUUUUGCUUCAAUCCAUCACUACUGAAGCUCGUCAAGAAAUGAGUCUUCGUCAAUUGCAAGGUCUUUUCCCCUACCCCGUUUGGUUCGAGACUGGACUUCCUCAAUCCUUUGCAUGGACUUUGCUUGCUCCAUACAUUGUUAGUUGCCCUCCUGAGAACCACAGAUUGGUCUGGCAAAACUUCCCUGGCUUACACGUUGUUAGCCCUUCUACCAUCACCAACUACUCUAACGCUUCUUACCCUCAAUAUCCUAAUGGCACUUACAUGUACCCUGCUGCCGUCUCUACCAACCGCACUCUCCCUAUGUCUUUGCCUGGUCAAAUCGUUGAAUUCCAAUGGGAAGCUCCUGGUCAACCCAUCGGCCCCAACGCCUCUUACACCACUAGCACUUCCGUUAACGGUGCUCCUCAAUUCGCUGCUUGGAUCUCUCAAUUGAACGUUACUUACACUCCUUUGAACGUCACUGGCAACAACAGUGGUUCUACUUACCAACCAAGCGUUCAUGUCUACAAUGACUCUACUCAACAAGUCAUCAACGGUUCUAGCUUCGUUGUCUUGACCGACAUUGCUUUGCCUGUCACUCCCUUCAACCUUACUGCCAUCAACGAGCACAUUGUUGCUGGUCCUCUUGUUUACUCUUCUGGUUAAACUGCUGAGGAGUAAGUGACAAAUUUAAACACUCCUUGAAAGGUUUUCUUUUUUGUUUUCUUAAUUUAAUUUAAAGUCACGUUGACGUUUUCUUUUUAAUGAAAAAGUCUUUUUGUUUACGGGUAAUCUCGUCUUUAGGAACGUUUUGCUCUCUCUUGUUUUCCUUCCUUCAAUUCAUUAUCUGUUAAAUUUGUUUUAAUCAAUAAAAUUAUAAGUUUUGAGAAGUUAA